UCAUGUGCUUCUGAGUCUUUUGUUUGUUUUAUAUCUGUAGCCGAUGUUGAGUAUAGUGACGUACGGUUUGAUAUUGGAAGUGUUUGUGUAACCAUAUCUGACUCAAAAACAAAUUUCUGUGUACUUUCUCGUCAACUUUUAGUGGGAUUAUUUUACCUUUGGAAUUUUCCUCUUGUCCUAGUGCUUGUCAAUAAUUGACCAUGCGUAUCCUCUACAGUGUUAUUACGAGAGGCACGGUAGUCCUCACAAAACAUGCAUCGUGUGCCGGGAACUUCACAGAAGUCACACAACAAAUCAUAGCUAAAAUCCCUUCUGAAAAUGCCAAGCUGACAUAUUCCCAUGGCAGCUAUCUUUUCCAUUAUAUAUGUGAGAACAGAAUAAUAUACAUGUGUAUUACAGAUGAUGAAUUUGAGCGUUCAAGGGCUUUUCUGUUUCUGAAUGAAAUCAAGCAGAGGUUCCAAACAGCUUAUGGGUCCAGAGCAGAUACAGCUUUAGCAUAUGCAAUGCACACAGAAUUCUCUCAAGUUUUAGCCAAUGAAAUGAAACAUUAUUCAGAGUCACAAGAGAUUGACACCAUCUCCCGAGUUCAUGGGGAAUUGGAUGAGCUGAAGAACAUCAUGGUUAAAAACAUAGAUAAUGUGGCUAUGCGAGGAGAGAGGCUGGAGCUGUUGGUGAACAAAACAGAGAAUCUUAGUGCCAGCUCUGUAACUUUCCGUAAGACAAGCCGCAAUCUGGCACGCUCCAUGUUCUGGAAGAACGUGAAGUUGUACGUCAUUAUUGGAGUAGUAAUCGCAUUGAUUAUCUACUUCAUUGUUUCCAUGACAUGUGGAGGCCUUGCUUGGCAGAGCUGUAUUGGGAACUAAACAAGAUAUUUUACCAAGUGGCAUGAAGAUGGGUUCCUGAGUUUCUGUGAAGUCUCAGUUCUCAUUUGUCAUCACCAUGUUACAGUCAGGCAUUGAAGUAUCGGUUGCUGUAGUCUUCUGUUCUGUUGUUUUGCACUGAUCACUGAGUGGCAACUUAACUGGAUUUUUACAAACUGGUUGCUUCUUGCUUUGCAUCUUUACAUUACCCUGCCCCUUUACUUAUCAUACAACUCUUUAAGUAAUAUGACCAAUAUCAUUGGAUUGUAUCAGAGUUGUAGUUUGUGUGGCAAAAAAUGUGCCUGCUUUGAAGUUUUGUAUUUUCAUCUUUCAGAAUCACCAUCAGAAGUAAAAUUGUUAGAGGCAGUGUAAGUGAGAGAAUGCAAUGACAUAUCACUACAUAACUCAGAUUAUAUGUGUUCUGUGUUUAAAUUGAAAUGGUGCAAAUAAAGCGUGAUUAUUUGGCCUUUGAGAUACAAUUUCAAAGUUCAUAUGUUACUUACUGUAUAUUUCAUUCCAAAUAAUUAUUGGCAACUGUGCAGUCAGGAAAAUACUGACAGCAAGAGAGUGACAGUUAUGAUACACAAGACUGUUGGUACUAAUGCAAGUAAUAAUUUUCUUCACUGGCAGUUCUGCAGUAUUUCCUUGCAGCAUACUUGAGAACCGACUUGAUUUGGUUUGAGGGGGAGAUCUCUCUUAAGAAAGCUAGCAAAUGUUUUAUACCAUUCAGAUUCUGUUGAAUGUUUUGAUAAAGAAUAUGUGAGUGCCAGUGAAUGUAGUUUUGAAAUAAAUAAUGAGUUUUUACAUGUUUUCCCUUGUGCAGCAAAUGCUUCCUUUCCUGGGUAGUAGUCAGACUGUUGGUAGGUGGUCUACAUUUCUGUACAGGAAAUGCUAAUCUCACCCUUAAGUGGAAUAUUUAUGGUAAAAACGAAUAUGAGCUUCAAGUUUUCUGUGUAGGAACAACAUAAACAAUCAAGAAUUGUAAAAGCAGAAAUUAUGUAAUGCAAUGUAAUCUUCUGGGUAAAAUGUAUUGUUUUAGGUUCUGUGUAAAAAUACAGUAAGAAAGACAACAUGGAAUAGAGACCUAGAGGGGGAGACAGAGAAGCCUGGAAAGAGGAUAUUUAGAACACAGUGAGAGAGAAAAAAGAGAAUAGAAAAUGAAUUAUUCAUACAAAGACAUAAGUAUGGCAUUCAAGACAAGAAGACAGGGUGACACCCAGACAAAGCUGAGAAGCUGAUGAUGUCACUCAUCUAGUCAAGAAUUUUCCCACAUUUUCCGAACCCAAAGGUUAAUUUCCAUGUGCACAAAAACCUGUCACUAGUGUCUGUCCUGAGCUAAAUGAAUCAAGUCCACACCCACUUAUUUCCUUUUCAUCCAUUUUUAUCUUAACACCUGCUCUGCUUAGGUAUUCUGAGUGUGUUCUUUGCUUCAGGAUGUUCCAGCCAAUAUUUUGUAUACAUUUCUCAACAGAGGAAGUGGUAUAAGACAUAAAAUAAAUGAUGCCUUAAAAGAAUACAUAGGAAGAAACUAGAGCAAAACCACACAAACCUUGGCAGCAUUUAUUAAGAACAUACUGAGUGAAAGCAAGAAAGAAAGAAAAAGGAUCUAAAGAUACAACCAAACGAACCUUGGUGAAGAAUAUUAAAAAUGUACUGACAGGAAAAGGCAGAAUGUGUAAAUAACCUUCAGAAAGUAUAAUCAGCAAGACAACAAGAAAGAAGACAAGUGGGAAUGGUAUAAAAUGGAAAAUAAUAGAUACUCUACAAAUGUGAUAAAAAGAAAACCUACAGGUAACCAACACCAAACUGGGAAAAGAGUACUUUGAACAUACUAAGAAGAAAGUAAUGAAAGUUGAAAUGUUCCCUGGAGAUGCAAACAAUUUGAAACAAAUUAUGCUUCUUCCAGUACUGCUUUGUUAGAACCCAGAAGGCUACUCUGUAUGUAGACUGCAGUGGAAACCUCACAUCUUACACAAAGUCUAAAGCGUGAUGUGUAUAGUAGUAGUAGUAGUAGCAGCAGCAGCAGCUCAGAAAUUUGUUUUAAUCAACAAAACACUGAAAUAAUGCUGGAGUGACUAAUGUCUUGUGUGACUGGGCUGUUUUCUGAUGGCUUCAUUCAGCAGGUCGAUGAAAACAAGGGCAAACUACACAUUUGUACUUAGUUUCAAAUAGGAACCACCCAAUAAAGGGUCCACAUAACAAAGAAUCUUGGGAUUUCCACUGCAUUAUUAGCAUGCCAAGGAUUCAGCAGCUUUAUGACAGUCAACAAUAUGCCCCUAAUCUCCACAUAUAAAUACCAUUGCAUUGUAUAGCCCAUUUCUUCCACUCAGUAAAUGGGAUAUUAGAAAUGCUUGUUAUAUUAAUGAAUUAUGUUAUGAACAGCAAUUAUAAUAUGGCAUAAUAGAUUAAAAAUGUUAUUUUAUGCACUGUAAUAUUAUAUAUGUAAUGCAGAGUAAAACUGUUACGAGAUGGGUUUUGAAUUUGUCUUAGAAAUAUUUUAAGUGAUUUAAAAAAGCAAAUAAAUGAAUAAUAUGUUUUG